AUGUCGUCUAAUAAUAUUGUACUACCAAAUGACGUUGUUCGUUUGAUUUUAUUACAUUGUCAAACAUCUAAAGAUUAUUUAUCACAAUCGUUAGUUAGUUGUCGAUGGUUAUUUGAAGCCCGUCGAUUAAAAUCACUGAUGAAAACACGCUUUUCACGCAAGAUAACAUUACUUAACUAUCGAUCAAUCAUAUGGGAUUUUGAUAUUCGUGUAACUGUCGUUGGUCAUGGUGAACAUUUGGAACGUCAUGGUUUAGAAGAAUGUGUACAAACUUUUCACCGUGUUGGAGGGCCUGGUUGUAGCGUUUAUUAUUUAGAACGAUAUUGGCAAGAAGGAAAAUUACAUGGAUUAGAAAUAAUUCGUGAGAUUAAUGAAAUCUGGUAUACUAAAUAUUAUCCGGACGAAAUAGAAAUAUUCGAUGAAAUCAUUGAUCAUCCUUAUGAAGGAUUACAAGCAGUAGAUUCAAUGAAAAAAUAUCGAAGACAUCGAAUAGUACCUAAGAACAAAAUAUUACCCGAAGGAUGUGAUUAUCUUGGUAAAAUUGUAUUCAAAUAUGAAUGGAUAUCAUGUAUAUUAGAGGAAAGUCAACAAAUGAAACGAAAUUUAAUAAAAAAAUAUAAUCAAUCAGAUGUCAAUGAUUUAUAUAAUGUUAUUGAUACGAUCGAUUUAUAUCAAAUAUCUCUGAAAGGAUUAUUUGUAUGA